AUGGCCUUGGCCCCACUCCUGCUCGUAUUGCUCAUGUGCUGCUCAGGUUGUCUUGCUCAGACCGCGCCGACUCAGCCGCCUUCGGUGUCCGUCUCUCCCGGACAAACCGCUACGCUCACCUGCACGGGCAGUAGCAUUGGUAGGUACGGAGCGAAUUGGUUCCAACAGAAACCUGGGAGUGCCCCCCUGACCGUUAUGUAUGGCAAUAAUAACAGACCCUCGGGUAUCUCGGACCGGUUCUCUGGUUCCAAGUCCGGUAACACGGCCACAUUGACCAUCACUGGAGUCCAAGCCCAGGAUGAGGCUGAUUAUUACUGCAUCGCUUAUGAUAGUGGCAGUAGCUCUCCACACAGUGACACAGUGCAAUGGGGAAGUUGCCUUGCUCAGACCGCGCCAACUCAGCCGCCUUUGGUGUCCGUCUCUCCCGGACAAACUGCUACGAUCACCUGUACAGGGAGUAGCAUUGGUAGCUACGGAGCAAAUUGGUACCAACAGAAACCUGGGAGUGCCCCCGUCCUCGUUAUGUACUAUGAUAAUGACAGACCCUCCGGUAUCUCGGAGCAGUUCUCUGGUUCCAAGUCCGGUAACACGGCCACAUUGACCAUCACUGAAGUCCAAGCCCAGGACAAGGCUGAUUAUUACUGCAGCGCUUAUGAUAGUGGCAGUAGCUCUCCACACAAUGACACAGUGCAAUGGGGAAGUUCUCUUGCCCAGUACGCGAUGACUUAG